AUGGCUCCCAAAGCUAGCAAAGGAAAGCUUCAUAAGGCCAAGGGCGAUAAGAAGAAGAAGGAAGAGAAAGUAUUACCAACGGUUAUAGAAAUCGAGGUAGAAACGCCAGAAGAAUCCGAGGUGACACUAAAGGGAAUUUCCACAGACAAAAUCUUAGAUGUACGAAAACUUUUAGCGGUACAUGUGGAGGCAUGUCACUUGACCAACUACUCUUUGUCACACGAGGUGCGUGGACCGAGGUUGAAAGAUACCGUCGAAAUCGCCUCUCUCAAACCAUGUCACGUGAUGGUCGUCGAAGAGGAGUACACCGAAGAUCUCGCCAUCGCACACGUCAGACGGCUGCUGGAUAUCGUCGCUUGCACCACCGCUUUCGGUGGUUCGUCUACUACUCCCAAGAACGCGGCCUCCCCAAACAGUCGAUCAGCACCUAACAGACCAGAUUCGAGUGAUGGAGAGACCGGUCAGGAUAAGAAUUCGAUUGGUGGGGCCAAAUCGCCGAAGACGGAAGUUUCUAUCAGUUCCGAUCAGUCUGAGAAGGGUGACACGACAACGGAUAUUUACCCGCCGCCGAGGCUCGGGCAGUUCUACGACUUCUUCUCGUUCUCUCACCUCACACCUCCCAUCCAAUACAUUAGGAGAUCUGCUCGUCCAUUCCUUGAAGAUAAAACAGAUGAUGAUUUCUUUCAAAUGGAUGUACGAGUUUGUAGCGGGAAGCCAAUGACGAUUGUUGCUUCCAGGAAAGGGUUCUAUCCAGCUGGAAAGCGCAUCCUUUUGAGUCAUUCCUUGGUUGGUCUGUUGCGGCAGAUAAGUCGGAUUUUUGAUGGUGCCUACAAAGCUCUCAUGAAAGCUUUCAUUGAGCACAAUAAAUUUGGAAAUCUCCCUUAUGGUUUUCGCGCAAACACUUGGGCCGUGCCUCCAGUUGUUGCUGACAAUCCAUCUCUUUUUCCACCACUUCCUGUAGAAGAUGAAAACUGGGGAGGAAAUGGUGGUGGACAAGGAAGAGAUGGUAAACAUGAUCAUAGGCAGUGGGCAAAGGAAUUUUCAAUUUUAGCAGCAAUGCCUUGUAAAACUCCAGAAGAGAGGCAAGUUAGAGAUAGGAAAGCUUUUCUACUUCACUGCAUAUUUGUCGACGUGUCAGUGUUAAAAGCAGUGGCUACCAUUAAGAAUCUUGCUGAAAGUAGCAAUUGUUCCUCAAAUGGUUCCACCAACUCAAUUGUACAUGAGGAGAAAGUUGGAGAUCUUCUUAUUAGGAUCACAAGAGAUGUGCCGGAUGCAAGCACAAAGCUGGAUGGUAAAAAUGAUGGGAGUCAUGUCCUUGGAUUGUCACCGGAGGAGCUUGCUAAAAGAAACCUGCUUAAAGGCAUAACAGCAGACGAGAGCGCAACCGUUCAUGAUACUUCUACCCUAGGCAUAGUGGUCGUUAGACAUUGUGGUUAUACAGCUGUUGUGAAAGUUGAAACCGAGGUAAAAUGGGAUGGAAAACCGAUUUUGGAGGACAUUGACAUCGAGGACCAACCUGAAGGAGGUGCUAAUGCUUUGAAUGUCAAUAGUUUGAGAAUACUAUUGCACACGACAUCCACACCGUCAGCAUCUGGUGCAGUACAAAGGGUACAGGGUGCAGAUGUUGAAGAAUCACACUCUGCUAAGGUCUUGGUCAGGAAAGUAUUGGAGGAAAGUUUGCAGAAAAUGCAGGAAGAAGAUUCUACAAACACAAAAUCAAUCAGAUGGGAGCUUGGAGCAUGUUGGGUGCAACAUUUACAAAAUCAAACUUCUGGGAAAUCUGACUCUAAGACCGCAGCAGAAGCUAAGGUAGAACCAGCUGUGAAGGGUCUGGGAAAGGGAUUGCUGAAGGAAAUUAAGAAAAAAACUGAUGAUAAAAGCAGCAAGGUUGAACAGGAAGUUGCCACUAGCAAUGGCCCUGACACAAACAGUAAAUCAGAUGACAGUGGCAACAGAGAGGCUGCAAAGUUGGACGAAGAAAAGGAAAUGAUGUGGCGGAAGCUGCUUUCUGAAGCAGCUUAUUUGCGUCUUAAAGAAUCAGAUACUGGUCUCCACCUUAAGUCACCUGAGCAGUUGAUUGAAAUGGCACACAAGUACUAUGAUGAUACUGCCCUCCCAAAGUUGGUGGCUGAUUUUGGCUCCCUUGAACUUUCUCCUGUUGAUGGUAGAACACUGACUGAUUUUAUGCACACAAGGGGUUUGCGAAUGUGUUCCUUGGGGAGAGUGGUUGGACUUGCAGAUAAGCUCCCUCAUGUUCAAUCACUCUGUGUUCACGAGAUGGUUGUUCGAGCUUACAAGCAUAUCUUGCAAGCAGUUGUAGCAGCAGUUGACAAUAUUGCUGAUUUAGCUGAAUCAAUAGCAUCAUGCUUAAAUGUAUUGCUAGGAACACCCGUUGCGAGAAAUGCAGCUUCAGAACUUGGCAAUGAUGAUGACUUAAAAUGGAAGUGGAUUGAGCUCUUCCUAUCAAAGAGAUUUGCUUGGCAAUGGACAAACGAAUGUCGUACUGAUCUUCGUAAGUUUUCCAUUCUUCGAGGGCUUUGCCACAAGGUUGGUCUUGAGCUUGUUCCCAGGGAUUAUGAUAUGGAUUCCUCAUCUCCUUUCAGGAAGGCAGAUAUUAUUAGCAUGGUUCCUAUAUAUAAGCAUGUUGCAUGCUCCUCCGCGGAUGGACGCACACUUUUAGAGUCAUCUAAAACAUCAUUGGAUAAAGGCAAAUUGGAGGAUGCUGUCAACUACGGAACUAAGGCACUCUCAAAACUUGUAUCUGUCUGUGGUCCUUAUCAUCGAAUGACAGCUGGAGCAUAUAGUCUUUUGGCUGUCGUGCUCUAUCACACCGGGGAUUUUAAUCAGGCUACUAUCUAUCAGCAAAAAGCUUUGGAUAUCAAUGAGAGGGAGCUGGGACUCGAUCAUCCAGAUACGAUGAAGAGUUAUGGGGACCUAGCUGUUUUCUACUACCGUCUCCAACACACGGAGCUAGCUCUUAAGUACGUGAACCGUGCACUAUAUCUUUUGCAUUUAACAUGUGGACCUUCUCAUCCGAAUACUGCGGCUACCUACAUCAAUGUAGCAAUGAUGGAAGAAGGUUUAGGAAAUGUUCAUGUUGCUCUUAGAUACCUUCACGAGGCUCUCAAGUGUAAUCAAAGGCUGCUUGGAGCAGAUCACAUACAAACUGCUGCUAGCUAUCAUGCGAUAGCAAUUGCUCUCUCUUUGAUGGAAGCAUACUCGUUGAGUGUUCAGCAUGAGCAGACCACUCUGCAGAUACUGCAGACGAAACUUGGACCUGAAGAUCUUCGUACCCAGGACGCAGCUGCAUGGCUUGAAUACUUCGAAUCCAAGGCUCUGGAACAACAAGAAGCUGCACGCAAUGGUACUCCAAAGCCAGAUGCAUCGAUAUCUAGUAAAGGCCAUUUGAGUGUAUCAGAUUUGCUAGAUUAUAUAGCCCCAGAUGCAGAUAUGAAAGCACGAGAGGCCCAAAGAAAACAAGCUCGUGCAAAACUGCUUAAAGUAAAACAAGGACAAAAUGGAGAAUCUGUGACCGAUGAGCAAGUAUUAUCACCAAGACAUUCUGUUCCAGAGAACUCUAGCGAUAAAGAGAUCAAAUCUGAAAGCAGAACAUAUUCAGUGGAUAGAAAACCAGAUUUGGUUCAACCUGAGCAGCAGAUCGAAAAGGAACCAAUCAGUAAUGUUGUAGAAGCGGACAACUCUGAUGAAGGAUGGCAAGAAGCUUUUUCUAAAGCAGGUCGUAAGUCUUCAAGUUCUAGAAGGCCAAAUCUUGCAAAAAUAAAUACAAAUUUCACAAGUGUUCCUCAGUCAUCAAAGUAUCGACCAAAGCCAGCUAAUUUCACAUCCCCAAGAACAAACACCAGUGAAUCUGCUACUUCCGCCGGUGGUGUUACCAAAAAGUUCGUUAAGAGUGGAGGCUUCAGUCCAAAGUUGAUCAAUCCUUCUAGCACCACUCAAGGUUCAGGUUCAGCAUCAGAUAAACCAUCUAGUCCGGCUUCAAAUGAUCAGGUUGUCAAACGUUCUCCUGUUAUAAGUUCGAUCAGCGUUAAAGAAGCUGGGAAACUCUUUUCUUACAAAGAAGUUGCUAUAGCUGCACCUGGUAGCAUCGUGAAGGCUGUGGCUGAACAAUUGCCAAAGGACCCUAGCCCAGUUGAAAUAGAAACAGAAGCCGAGAACGAAAAACUUGAUAAAGAAAUAGUUCAGGCGUCAGAAGAUGAGCAGAAAACGACCAUAGAUGAGAAGAAGGAAGAAACAGAAGUUGUCAAGGAAUCCGAGGCCAAAAAAGCCCAAGCGGACACAGUAAAUCCUGAUUCAUCCAAGAAUCCAGAAAGUGAUGCUUUAGAAGUCGACAAGCCCAAUGAGAGUUUGCAUGAUUCGGUUCAAGAUGACCUGAAACAAGUGGCUCCAGAAAAAGAUGACAAAACACCAAAUGAUGGAGAUGAUCAAAGCAAAACAGAAAAUGGAAAAGAGAUAACCAAGAAGCUUUCUGCGGCUGCACCUCCGUUUAAUCCAUCCAACACUCCAGUUUUAGGCUCCAUUCCAAUCCCUUUGAAAGAUCACGGAGGAAUAUUACCUCCACCUGUAAGCAUACCUACAAUGGUCACAGUUAACCCUGCUCGUAGAUCUCCACAUCAGUCAGCAACCGCCAGAGUUCCAUACGGUCCACGGCUUUCCGGUGGAUAUAACCGAUCCGCAAACCGAGUCCCACGCAGCAAACCCAUAUUUCACAGUGGUGGUGACCUUGUGGUGGAUGGAAAUCUUCUCAGCCCUCCAAGAAUCAUGAACCCACAUGCAGCUGAGUUUGUUCCCGGUCAACCUUGGGUUCCUAACGGUUAUCUGGUUUCACCCGAAGGCUAUCCUCUCUCUCCCAAUGGUUAUCCUCUCGCCAUAAACGGUUUUCAAACAGGAUAUCCUGUUGAUUCGGUUGGAUCUCCGGUAAGCUCGGUAGAAUCUCCGACCAUAAUCACUCCAGAAAUUGGUGCUGAAACCCCGAACCAAGGUGGUGUAGCAGUUGAGUCAGUUGUGGAAAGUCAAGAAAAGACGGCUACUGAUACAGUUGCAGUUACAGAAUCGCCAGAAACCGUUGCUACGAAUGAAACCUCUAACGAUGAGAAACCGAUCAAGCAUUGGGGGGAUUACAGCGACGGUGAAGCCGAGAUUGUGGAGGUUGCAGGUUAAAAGGGUAAAUAUCAUUUUUCGUGAGUGAAAAGAGUCCUUGGUUUGAAGAAAACCAAUGGCAUGUUGCAUGAGAGACCAGUGUUGGGGGAUAUGGAAACCCAAAUUUACCCCUUCACUGCCGUUCAUGGGAUUUUGUUGAAUUGAGUGGGGAGAGCAUUUUCUCAAGUUGGGGACGACAAGAAACUGGUGAGUAGUGUAACUUUUUUGUUGUCAGGCAUUAAUUUUGUGCUUUUUUCUUUCCAAGAAACUGAUGUUGGGCUUAUAUAUGGUUUUAUAGUUUGUUUGUUGAUUACC